UCGCGCUUCACUACUCGCACACCCGAGAGACUGAAAGAGAGUAGAGGAGAAGAUGGGGAAGAGAGCGAAGAGCUCGAGGAAGGGGAAGAAGGCAUGGAGGGCGAACAUCAGCACCGAGGACAUCGAUGACUUCUACGAGAAUUCCACCAAGGACGCCCUCACCGGCGGCUCCGUCGCUGAUCACGCCAACGACUCCCUCUUCUUCGUCGAUAAGUCCCGAGAUCUCUCUGUGAAGCGAAAAAUUGAGAAGCACAGAGAUAAGGUGCUCCGCUAUGAGAGUGCGCUGCAGAAGAACCCUUUUGUUCAAGCAGUUCCAUCUUCAAUUAGAAAGAAAUCCAAGACAGAAAGGGAAGCUGGAUCCAAGUUCAAAGAAAAUACUCAAGAAGGUGUCGAGAAUUUUCCUGUUAUGGAUUCUUCCAUGGUUGAUCUGUGGGAAGGUGAAAAUGAAGGCAAGGGCAAAAAGAAGUCCAAGCCUUCAAUUAUACCUGCUGUGGAAGUUGAGCCUUCAGGCUGCUCAUUUAAUCCCUCAUCUGAAAGUCACCAAGAUGUUUUGGCUUGUGCUGUAGCUGAUGAAAUGCAGAAAAUCUAUAAGGACGAAUUGGGACCUGAACCUGUUCCAGUGACUGUGGUGGGUAAAGCUAUUGAUGAGGAAGAGAUGUACUUCCUAGAUGCAGAUGAUGGAAGUGAUGUUGAGGAGACUCCAGAUAAUGAAAAUGAUGAGGGUAAUGUGCCUCCUGAGAAGAAGUCUUUGAAAUUGAAGCGGAUUACUCGAGUUGAGUUGAACAAGAGGGCUAGACGGAAGGCGCUAUUGAAGAAGGAAGCUGAAAUGAAAAAAGUAGAGCAACUUUCAAAAGAAAUUGACAGCAUAUCUGAUAUAAUGCAAGAAAUUGCAAAAGACGAUGAAGAGAAGCAGAAAAGGCACCUUAGACGGAUUGUUGCAAAGCAGGAGAGACUAAAACAAUGCCCACCGCGUCUAGGAAAGCACAAAUAUGAACCUGCUCCUAUGCAAGUCCUUUUAUCCGAAGAAAUCACAGGAUCACUACGCCAGCUUAAGGGCUGCUGCACCUUGGCCAAAGAUCGGUUUAAAAGCCUCGAGAAGAGAGGACUUAUUGUCCCUACAGCCAAGCGUAGAAGAAGCUAGUAAGCGGCUGUACGUGAGCUUCAAGCUUUUUGACACAAGUGAUCUCAACCACAGAAUUCCAAGUAAAAACACUGGGGGUUGUCUCAACAGGCUGAAGUUACCGUAGGAGCUUUUGAAUGAGAGACUUGAAGUUGCCCGGCGGUGGAAAGAGAUGGAUUAACCAGAUUAGGCUAUGUAUAUUUAAUUAUUUAUUAUCGGAGUUAAUCCUUGUUUUUUUUUUUUUUGACAAGGGAGGCAUAUGGCUUAUACCGGCUCCCAGUUUUGUCCACAUCGUGAUACUACACCUUUGUGUAUAUUAAUUACGACCAGUACUAAUAAAAUCCACUUCGAGGUUUUGAUGCUA